UUCUAAACAGUGUCACAUUCAGACGAAGUAUAUCAACACCCAUCCAACAUGUGGGGACGAAGUCAAGACAAGACGCCCGAACAACCGAAAGAAUCGCCAAAGGAGGAUGGCGCCAAGACAUUCGACCCGGAAAAGCUCCCGGCACGUGAAAAGCUGCCGAAGGCGCUGCAGAACAUAGUCGACAAGUCGGAUAGGGAAGACAACUUCUUCGACGAGCUGGUGGACGGGUACGCGCCCGAGUCCACCGAGUCGAAUGUCCGUUAUGCCGCAUAUGCAACCCGCAUCCGUACGAUUUUGAUGUCCGCCCACCGUUACGUCGCCUACACCUCUGACAUCGGCGAAUCAUUCCGACCCGUUGCGCAUCCCGCCCUCGUCCGCUCCGCAUAUGGAAUCUCGUGGUUGUACAUCCUCGGCGACGUCAGCUACGAAGGCUACAAGGCGUACUGGUCCAACCAGCGCAUUCUCAACCCGCACUUGCAGCUCACUGCGCGCCAGGCGAAGAUUACGGGACUGCCGGAUGCCGUAUCGGACGCUACUUCCCCCAGCAGCGAGGUCGUCCCUGGCGGGAAGAUUGCGCCUUUGGACGACUACAGGACCGUCAUGAUCCAGCGAGGCAUCUUCCAAAGCAUCGCUAGUAUGGGUCUCCCGGCCUUUACCAUCCACAGCGUGGUGAGGUACUCGGGCAGAGCGCUCAAAGACGUCAAGAACACGAAGGUCAGGACCUGGGGCCCCAUCGGCCUUGGCCUGGCCGUCGUGCCGUUUUUGCCAAGUCUCUUUGACGAGCCGGUUGAGAAUGCCGUUGAAUGGAUCUUCCAUAAAGGCUUCGAGACCUACGGAGGUAAGGCGUUUGUCGGCGAUGCACCGGCCACGGGCCGUGAGGAUCUGUUGGCGAAGAGACCGAAGGAGAAGGAACUGUGAAAAUUCGGCGUUUUUAGAAUGAUAUGGAUCGCAACUCAAAUCGGACUUAGCUCGGCGCAUGGGAAACUCCUCAACUCAAAGGGGGAUGGGUUCUAGGAAGGUGAAUGCGGCAGCCUAAACAGGCGCGUGGUGUAAUUGAGGGUAUAUACGGAAAAUGUCACUAUGAACAUUCAUCAAAUCAUCAUCAUCUA